AUGCCUACUCAACCUAAACCUAGUCCAACAGGUUACGAUCGAUCAUUCUCACUCACCAGUCGACCUACCCCUUCAACCUCUAUCUUACCUCAUGAUCAUCAAAGCUCUUCAAAACAAGCCUUUGCACCACCACCAUCUCAAAGAUCUUCAGUAGCGAUUCCUACCCAAAGAUCUUCAGUUGUCAUUCCCUCACAUCAACCUUCUACGUCAAUCUCACGUGGCAAAUCUCCUAUCGUUUACCCUGCUUUACUGAGUAAAGUAGCAGAAGCCUUUAAAUCUCGAACAGUCUUAUCAGAACGUACCAAGGAUGGUUUAACCUAUACAGCUUGUUUUGAUGGUCGAGCAGCCGUAGAUAAGAUUGCUUAUAUCAUCAAAACCACCGAUCGAAAUCUGGCUCUCUUAUUAGGUAGAGCAUUAGAUGCACAAAAGUUUUUUCAUGACGUUACUUAUGAUCAUCGAUUGAGAGAUAGUCCUAAUGAAUUAUAUCAGUUUCGAGCCAGAUUAGGAUCACCAUUUACAAGUUUAGAAGAUAUGAGAUUACCUUCUGGAGUGUUUACACUCUUGACAGAUUGUUAUUCACCUACCUGUACGAGAGAUAGGUUGUGUUAUUCGAUUGCUUGUCCGAGAAGAUUAGAACAACAAGCUAGAUUGAAUUUGAAACCGAAACCGGGUUUGUUGAAACGUAGCUUAUCGACUGAAUCAUUGAUUGAUCUUAAAGAACCUGGAACACUUUGGAUUCAUUCGGUGCCGCAAGAAGUGAUUGAUUCGGUGGAUGAUACAGAGAAGAAACGUCAAGAGGCUAUCAAUGAAUGUAUUUAUACUGAACGAGAUUUUGUUCGAGAUCUUGAAUAUCUUCGUGAUAGUUGGAUUAAACCAUUACAAACUAGUUCGAUCAUACCAGAACAUAGAAGACAAGAUUUCGUAACCCAAGUCUUUUGGAAUGUAUUAGAUGUCUUGGCUGUCAAUUCAAGGUUAUCGGAAUUACUUAGCAAACGACAAAAAUCAUCACAUGUGAUUAAAUCGAUUGGAGAUCUUUAUCUUGAACUUGUGCCACACUUUGGUCCGUUUGUUCAAUAUGGAUCUCAUCAAUUGUAUGGGAAAUAUGAAUUUGAAAAAGAAAAGAUAUCGAAUUUAGCUUUUGGAAAAUUUGUUGAUGAAACUGAAAGAUUACCUGAAUCUAGAAAAUUAGAAUUGAAUGCAUAUCUUACUAAACCGACGACUAGAUUAGCAAGAUAUCCAUUAUUGUUAGAAGUGGUUUUAAAGUAUACACCGGAUGAUCAUUCAGAUAAGAUUGAUUUACCUAAAGUGAUCAAAAUGAUUCGUGAACUCUUGACUAAAGUGAAUAUCGAAUCUGGGAAAUCUGAGAAUCGAUUUAAUUUGGCACAACUUGAUCAACAGUUGGUGUUUAGACAAGGAGAAGCUGUUGAUCUAAGGUUAAGAGAAGAAGGACGAGAAUUGAUUUUCAAAGGACAAUUAAAGAAAAGAGGAGGAGGAGGAAGUGAUAGUGCAGAAUUACAAGUAUAUUUAUUUGAUCAUGCUUUAUUGAUGGUGAAACCUAAAUAUUCACAUAAGACUGAACAAUUAAAAGUGUAUCGAAAACCGAUCCCAUUAGAAUUAUUAACGAUCACUGGUUUAGUCAAUCAACCUAAUCCUAAUCAAGCUGAUGGUCAUCAUCAAAGUACAAGUCUAACGAAAAAAUCUUUGAUGAAUCGUGCUAAUAAAGCUGGAUAUCCGAUUACGAUUAAUCAUUUGGGUAGGAAAGGAUACUCGAUUGUGCUUUGGGCUCCUAGUUUUCAGUCUAGAUCUAAAUGGUUAGAGAAGAUUGAGGCUAGACAGAUUGAGCUUAGGAAUAGGAGUACGGUCUUUGAGAUGGUGGCACUUAAUGAAGGUUUCUUUGUGGGAAAUAAUAAAGUGACCUGUGCGGCUUCGUUUGAUAAUGGAAAUCGAUAUGUGUUUGGAACCGAGAAUGGAGUCUACUUAUCAUCAAUGCCGAACCGAUCUAAUCUUCCACCAUCCUCCUCAACAUCAUUAGAAGAAGAAGGGAUCCUCAAACCGAUCCGAGUGAUCCAAAUCAUGAAUGUAACACAAGUAGAAGUGAUUGAACCAGAAAGGAUUUUGAUUAUUUUGGCAGAUAAAGCUAUGAUGAGUUUUUGGUUAGAUACAUUAGAUCCGAAUGAUUCAACAGGAAUUGGAAAACGAACUCGAAAGAUUUCAUCGAAUGCUACGUUUUUUAGAACUGGUGAAUGUUUGGGUAAGAAAUUGGUUUGUGUGGUUAAGUCUGGAACGGUUUCUAGUACGAUUAAAACUUUGGAAGUCUUGAGAGGUUUCGGAGCACCUGGACAGGGAAAGAGUGGGUUAAGGAAGAUUGUGGGUGGGAAUAGUAAUGAUGCUUUAAAGGUUUAUAAGGAAUUUUAUAUUCCAACUGAAUCAAGUUCAGUGCAUUUUUUAAAAUCAAAGUUAUGUGUAGGUUGUAAUAAAGGAUUUGAGAUUGUUGAUUUAGAAAGUUUAGAUACACAAGCUUUACUUGAUCCGGCUGAUCCUUCUUUAGAGUUUGUGUUGAGGGGUGGGAGUGUGAAGCCUUUGGGGAUCUUUAGGGUUGAGGGAGGUGGAGGGGAAUUCUUGUUGUGUUAUGAAGACUUUGGGUUUUAUGUAAAUAAAAACGGAUGGAGAGCAAGGAAUAAUUGGAUUGUUUAUUGGGAAGGACAUCCGGUUGCAUUUGCUAUUCAGUAUCCAUUUGUUUUGGCAUUCGAACCUAGUUUUGUUGAGGUUAGACAUUUGGAAACUGGAGCUUUGUUACAGAUUAUUCCUGGACCUAAUAUUAGGUUUGUGGUUUGA